AUCUAUGAUAAAUUUAACCUAUUGGUUAUGUUCGUCGGCUGAGCUAUAAACAACAACACUAUAAUUAAUAUUUGCUGCAAAUUUAGCAUUUGUUAUUUUAGAAAUAAUAUUCAAUAUCGACCAAAUCGAGUAAUCUGGUCCCCUGCAUUCUGUUUUGUUCAGUAUAAUGGCACGUGGCGGAUUAAGAGGUCGUGGAGGUAUAGGUCGCGGAAUAGGACGAGGGCCAUAUAAACCGAAAAUCUUCGUUCCUCGGCGUCCUUUUGAUCUUGCAUUAUGUGAAUCAUCUUUUCCAAGAACUAAGCCUGCUCCAGAUGAGUCAGCAUUCACACAGGCGUUAUUAAAAAGAAACACUGAUCUUUCACCAACACCUGCAGAACAAACAGCCAUCUUGAACCUUGUCACAAAAAUACAAACAGUUUUGGACAAUUUAGUUGUUGCUCCAGGAAACUUCGAUGCUUGCUUGGAAGAAGUUCGCCAAGUUGGUUCUUUUAAAAAAGGGACAAUGGUGACUGGUCAUAAUGUUGCAGAUAUUGUGGUUAUUCUUAAAACUUUACCAACUAGAGAAGCUGUGGAAGCAUUGGCCAAUAAGGUUAAGGAAGAUUUAGAAAAUUUGAUGAAAAAUGAAAUUGUUACUAAAGGAGAAGCAUUAAACCAUCAAACAAAUGAACGCGGUUUUGAAAUUAACAACAGCUUUGCUUGUGUUCGUGUUUUGAUAACAACAGUACAUCAAAAUCUUAGAAAACUUGACCCUGAAAUUCAUUUAGAUCAAAAGAUUAUGUUAAGCCACUUAGCUGCAAUCAGGCACAGUAGGUGGUUUGAAGAAAAUGCUCAUCACUCUUCAAUUAAAGUUUUAAUUAGGUUAUUGAGAGAUUUAAAGAACCGUUUUGAUGGAUUUGAAGCUCUAACACCAUGGAUGUUGGAUCUUUUGGCCCAUUUCGCUAUAAUGAACAAUCCUAGUAGACAGGCAUUGCCUAUUAACAUAGCAUUUAAGAGAGUCUUUCAACUACUAGCAGCUGGCUUAUUUUUACCAGGCUCAGCUGGAAUAACAGAUCCUUGUGAAGGUGGCAGUAUUCGUAUUCAUACUGCUAUGAGCCUUGAACAACAAGACAUUUGUUGUUUAACUGCCCAGACUCUCUUAAGAGUUCUUGCUCAUGGUGGUUUUAAACAUGUCUUAGGCUUAGAAGGCAAUGCUUCUAUUGCUAAAGAAAUGUCUGUAUGGGAUGGUGUGGUUGUCUCACCAUUGGACAAAGCAUAUGAAAAACAACAAGAAAAGAAGGAAGGUGAAGAAGAAGAUGAUGAUAUGGAAGCAGAAGUAGAUGAAAGUAUGGAGACAACAGAAAAUUGAGUUUAGAUAAAUUAAGUUUUGUAUCACAUUUGCAGUAAUCGUUUAAUUGUCUGUAAUUAGUGUUUAGAAAAUUUAUUCAAUCCACGAAAAGUACACAAACCAUACAAAUAUAUUAAAUGCCUUUAUUUUACAAUAAAUAGUAGGUGUUAUCUUUAUAUUAAAGUAUAGUUUGGAAUAAGACGUAUUUGUAAUUGC